GCCGUUCCCGCCCGGCGGCCAAUCGUGGAGCCGCUUCGUCCCCCUCCCCGCCAAUCGGGGCGCGGCUUAUUGCGGGCUGGGCGAAGCGCCCGCCGCCGAGCUGCGCUCCUGGCGCGGGGCAGGCGCGUCCCCCCCUCGCCGCGCUUUGUUGCCGCCUCUCCCGGCGGGGCGGCGGCGGCGGCGGCGAUGCCCGAGUUCCUGGCCGACCCGUCGGUGCUGACCAAGGAGAAGCUGAAGAGCGAGCUGAUCGCCAACAACGUGAGCCUGCCGGGCGGCGAGCAGCGCAAGGACGUCUACGUGCAGCUCUACCUGCAGCACCUCACCGCCCGCAACCCGCCCGCCGCCGCGCAGCCCGACUUCUCCAGCGACGAGGAGCGGGAGCCCACGCCGCUCGGACCCCGGGGCCGCGGGGCCGCCGCCGCCGGCAGGAAAGCCACGAAAAAAACUGACAAACCUAGGGCAGAAGAGAAGGAUGACCUAGAUAUAACAGAGCUGAGUAAUGAAGAUCUUCAAGAACAACUUAUGAAGUAUGGAAUAAAUCCUGGCCCAAUUGUAGCUACAACUAGGAAACUUUAUGAGAAAAAGCUGUUGAAACUGAUAGAGCAAGGUCCAGAUUUGAAGUCAUCCAUGCCUCUGCCAAUGAUUUCUUCAGCUACUGAGAACACCAGACAGAAUGGAAGUAAUGAUUCUGACCAGUACAGUGACAAUGAAGAAGAUCCGAAGACUGAGCUGAGGCUUGAGAAGAGAGAACCGCUGAAAGGCAGGACAAAGACUCCAGUAGCACUCAAACAAAGAGUUGUUGAACACAACCAGACUUACUCUCAAGAUGGAGUUACUGAGACUACCUGGACAAGUGGAUCUUCAAAAAGUGGACCUCUUCAGGCAUUUUCUAGGGAGUCUACCAGAGUGUCAAGAAGAACACCAAGGAAAAGGGUGGAAGCUACAGCACAGUUGCCUGUAGAUGAUGCUGUAAUAUCAGAGAGUACUUCCCUAGCUGACACUAUACUGACUGCAAGCGACGAAACCCUAGUUGGCAAUAGGGUGCCUGGAAAUUUCAAGCGUGCAGCUCCUACACUGUCAAUCAGUGAACUCUCAGACACGCCCAGAAGAACACCAAAGAAACCAUUGAUGACAGCUGAACAAAAAGAGACAGAGUAUCCUCAUCAAUGCUUGUUUAAUCAUGUUGGCCAUAAACAUUCCUGUGACCUGCUCAACACAGCCAUGAUAGAGGAAACUGAGGAGAGCACUGAAUGCUUUAAGACACCAAAAGUGACCAGACAGCUGCCAGUAAUGAAGGUGCUGGAAAGAACUCAUACAGAAGAACAAAGAGUAGAAAGGGAUAUUCUUAAGGAAAUGUUCCCUUACGAAGUAUCAACACCUACAGGAAUUAGUGCUAGCUGCCGUAGACCAAUCAAAGGAGCUGCUAGUCGGCCUAUAGAGCACACUCCUUUCAGAAUGGAGGAAAGUUUCGCUAAGUAUGCUCCAAGAUAUGGUACCUCAAGUGACAUCAAGUCAGAGAAACCACCAACAAAAAAAGAACGCUCCAUUCCCCUUUGGAUAAAAAUUCUUCUCUUUGUUCUUGUUUCAGUCUUCUUGUUUUUGGUUUAUCAGUCUAUGGAAACUAAUCAAGGAAAUCCUUUCUCUAAAUAUCUCAAUAUUGUCUCUCAAGAUGGUGCCCAAUGAGUAUCUUUCUGAAAGGCACACCCGAUUUGAUCUCCUAUUUUUAAUUGUAGAGAACUCUUCUGCCCUCUCAUCGGCUCAAGGACUACUUACAAAUAAUGUGAUUGGAACCUGAUAAAUUGGAUAAAUGAAACAAGCUAACAUUAAAUGGACAUCAGUAACUUUCUGGACUUUGGACUAGUAGGAGAUCACUUUGCCAUAGGAGUAACAUUUUUUUAGAUCUUUGAACUUUUGUAGGCUUUAUUUUUUUAAUGUGGACAUCCUUUAAAUUCAUUUUUGAGAAACUGUAUAUUUGUUUUUGCAAGAUCUUGGAAACUGAGAAGGGCAAACGUAGUAAAAUGUGAAGCUGUGUUUUUUAAAGCUUUCUUUGUACAGAAAAGAAGUUGUACUUUUGUCUAUAGAUUAUGGUGGAGGAAAAUUCUUAACACAAGUGAUAAAGGGAAAUGCAUUUUCAUGUGUUUUUCAGUAACACUUUAACUGAAUUUGGUGUUUUAGGAUGUAGGGAGAGUACAACAAUCUUUUCUGUAGGUUACUGUAACAUUUUAGUAAAUGUAACUGUAGACCUGUUUGCAUCUCUGUAAGUCAUAGAAUCAUACAAGUAACUCUGUUUAAGUGUAACAUUUAAGUGUAUCACUUCAUUUUAAUGCUUACAGUGUUGUAGGAGCUGAGUACAAAUUUAAUUGGCGACAGAUGUUUUAGACAAACUUAUUUAUUAGUAAUACAUGUGGAAGACAAAAAUUGCAUCAAAUAUAAUUUGCUACUAAAAUGCCUUUCUUUGGGUAAAGGUUGUUAUCUAAAUUAAUCUGAACUUCGACUUUGGCAGUGAUCUUUUUCUUAAAAAUGCGAGAUCUUUCCGAUACAGCUUUAUGUGAUUUUGAAUAUUCAUGUAGAGAGGUAUUCUCUAAGCGUGAAAAUUCCAUAUGAAGUUUUAUUCUUAUAUGAAGAGGGCAUUGCUGCAUUUUCUUUUACAGUUUCAUCUUCAAAGGUGAGAUUUACUACAUUCAUGCAGUUGAGUAUUUUUCUCAGUGGAAGCAUGCUGAAACACUCUAUAUUGUGUAACUUAGUUGAGCAGGCAGCUGGCUUCACUACUACCAAUAAGGAGUGAUAAGCAACAACUUCUUAAAGUGAAUGUAUACAUUUUUGGUGUGCUUAAAAUUUGCAGCAUACAGAUGUUCAGUCUCAUUGCUUCAUACAAAAUUGCAAUAAAUCAUACUUAUUCUUAAAGUGCUACUUAUGAAAAGCUACGAACAUUAGUUAAUAGUCUGUUUUUACUUUAGGUACAAUUACUGUGUAGACUGUAGUUAUGGGGAAAACAUUACUUUCUGUGACCUUUGGGACAAACUCGGUAAUUUGUAGCAAAGCAAUAGUGUUUUUUUCUGUUAAGAGUAAUGUUUUUUUUCUUCUAAUCUGCUUUUUGAGUAUUUCAAAUAGCUGAACUUGUGUCUAUAGAAAAUUGUAACGUAAGACAUUCACUUUUGGUGUCAAAAUGCAGGAAAAUAAAGAUGUUUUUAAUGUGUGUGGGUUUUCCUUACCAAAAUAAAUGCAUUGCUGGAAAAAAUCAAAAGUAAGACAAUUGGUGCAUCAGUGGUGUUUUGUGCUGCUAGGGUAUUCCAUGUUUACAAAAGUAAAUAAAUCCGAUACUAAAAACA